CUUUCAUCGCCUAUAAAAGCUCGUGCAAAGUUCGCUAAAACGUUGUACGGGUUUUGACGGUUGGAGUUGGUUGCAAUCGAAAAACGAGUAUACUAUUGUAGUUUGACUCCAUCAGGCAUAUCAAGAUGACGUCUUUAGUAUCUGUGUGUUUGGUGGUCGUGAUUUCCGUGGCAGUCUCGGAAUGUUUGGAAUGGAACAACAACUUCCAAUAUGUACAAAACUUCCAUUGUCCUUCAGACCUGUCCUUCAUUAGUCAUUUUGAGUCAGAAUUCAACGACUGGUACGAUGACAGGCGCUUCAGACUUGCCUGUAAAAAUGUUCCGGCCCUCUCUGGAUCAGUGAAUUGCAGAUGGUCUGGCUAUGUCAAUAAUCUCCAUAGACCAGUACACUACAUCUGUCCAAACCAAGGCUAUAUAAAUGGCAUGUAUAGUAAUUACUACAGUUGGUUUUAUGACAGAACCUUCAAGUUCAGAUGUUGUUCCCCUCCAGCAGGACUUAAACUCCAAAACUGCUACUGGACCUCCUAUUUGAAUAACCCUAUGGGUUAUAUCAACUACAAAAUCCCUGAUGGUUAUGUCAUUAGAGGUGUGAACAGCAAUUUCCAGGCCUAUUAUGACGACAGAAAGUUCAAGUUCCAGAUUUGCCAAUCUGUAUAGCUAUGAUGCAGAUACCUUGCUAUGGUGUAAACUGUUUUGUCAAAAUUAAAAUCAUUGAAUUGGAAA